CUGAAUACUUCACGUGCUCUCUUUCUAAUCAAGUUCUUCCCCUCAAGCCUCAGUCUUCCUCUGCUCUUCUUCUUCUUCUUCUCUCCUCACUUUCUGCUUCUUUUCUGUCUACUGUCUACUGAAUAAGAAAUAAAGAAAUCUCAAAAAGACCAGCUUAUCCAUUUCUGUUUUUGGGAAACUGUGUCAGUUGGACAGUUGGCAUUUAUUCACUCCACCAACUACUGCUACUCCAUCAAUUAUCAAAUCUACACUACUCUUAUUAUAAGACUAAGGUAGUUUUGUUCGUUGGUCGACACAACUAACUUGACAAAUUAAGAAAGCAGAGAUCGAUCAUUUGUUUUUUUUGGUAUAUAUAAUGGAGAAGGCAAAUAAGCAAGUGGGGGGUGGUUCCUCUUCUUCGUCCUUUACCAACGACCUUUUUGGUCCUAAGGAGACUCCUAAAUCCUCCUCAUCUUCCUCUGCACUCUUUAAUUCUGUCUUUGGCCCACCUUCCACGGGACUUAGAAGGGACUCCGCCACUGGAGUUGGAGGUUCAUCAACCAUGAAAAAUUACCAGUAUGUAAAUGCAAAAUAUGGAACUUCAGAUAAUGGGUCCCAAAGAAGCAGAGGAGACAUAAGUAGCAAGGACAAAAGUUCCAUGUAUGAGAAUGAUAAAACAGAACCGUGCUAUUUCAGUUCAUCCAUCUAUUAUGGUGGCCAAGAUGUUUAUUCUCCAACUAGCCAACCUGGUUCCCAGCAUAUUUUGAAGAAAGAUGGGGAAGAUGAUGAUCAAAAUGGAAACAAUUCAAACUGUGCUUCACGAGGAAAUUGGUGGCAGGGAUCACUUUAUUACUGAAAUCUUACCCCCCAUGCAUAUCUGAUCUCUUCCUUAGCAUAUAUAGGUAUUUGAAAGAGAGAUAAAUUUCCAUAGUUUUGCUUAUGUUGAGGAAUUAAAAGACUUAACAAAAUUUGAAAAUGUUGCGGGGAUGGAAGUGGAGAGAUGAGGACACAGCACUAUAUCUUCACUUAGGAAGGAACGGAACAUCUUAUAAUGUCCCCUUAGUUUCUCUCCUUUUUUUUUCUUGAUGUAGCACUUUUCCUCUUUUGUUCCUGUGAUGGUAUUGGAUUACCUAAAUCAGCUUGUAUAUGGAGUUCCCUCCUUACAGUUAACACUAAAUAAUGGCUAGCCUCUC